GAGAGGAGGAUUGAGAUUAAAUUUUGAAGGAUUGAAAUAUUUUCAUUCCUAUCUAAAAUGAGCAUAAAAAUAGAAAUUUUCCAACCAAAAUAUUGGAAUGAGAGCUACAUUCACCGAUUCUCAUUUCUAUAUCGGGUAGCCCAGCACUCCCAAACCAAACACAUCCAUGUUCUUAUCCCAAAGCCGGCGUCAUCCCCACUCUCUCUCUCCAGAGACCUAGAAUCGUGCCAAUCUGAAUCAGUCUCACCUCCAAUGACACGUCCCCACGUGUCAUCACUGAUUUGGCAAUCCCACCGAAAGUUUUCUCCUCUCUCUCUUUAUACAUACUCCCAAAACCCUCCCAGAUCAAUUUAGAAGAAGGAAGGAACGGGAAAGAAAGCCGUGAUCCGAUUUCUCUCUCCAAGAUUGGUUGAUCCAAGGGGGAGUCAUGGCAGACUUCCAGAGGCAAUUGAAGGAGCGAGCCAAGGAGCUGAAACACCUGGUGACGAAAGGGGUGAAGGUGGUGGGCCAAGGGUGCAAGAAAACCUGGCAUAAGGUCCUCAAGAUCAGAGGCUGACACCAACCAAUUUGAUGAUGAUGAUGGUGAUGCCUGUCACUUGAUCUCCUAUUCCUUUUCUUGUAGAUCACUUAUUAUCAUGCUUGUUUCUUAUAGGUCUCAUGUCUUUGUUUUCUUUCUUGUGGUGUUUUUUAUUGCGUUUUUUAGUUAGAGAUGUGAAGAUCUGGUGGUUUCUGGUUGAGAACUCUUGAGAUUUUUAUUUGGAUUGUGGAAAAUAGGGUUUAUCUGGUUCAGAAACCAAAUUUCUUGUGUAAGUCGAAGAGAUUGAAGUGCUUUAAUCUUCUGAGAUGGUGGGAAGAGAAUUAGUACCUGGAAAGGCAGCCACACUGGAUCUGAGGGAGGUGUCAGCUAGGAGAACUCUUCAUGAUGUCCGGCAGAAAGGGCAUACGUAUGUGGAGCUGAGACAAGUUGGGAAGCGCAGCAUAUUCUUCUGCACCCUCUGCCUCACCGAAUGCUACAGUGAGAGGGUGCUGUCUGAUCAUCUCAAUGGAAGUCUCCAUGCCCGUAGAUCUACCGCUGCCAAACUUACUCUUUUUGGCCCCAACCCAUGGCCUUUUAGUGAUGGUGUUCUGUUCUUUACUAAUCUUUAUGAGGAUGAUCCGUUCUUGUCAGCUUUUUAUUCUCAAAAGUCUCCAAUUGCCGGUGAACAUAGUUCUGCGGAUAGAGAUGAAAUGCGUUCAAGGUUUACCAAUAGCAGCACUGUGAAUUUAAGUUCUGUGGAUACUGGUUCUGAUCUUAACAGGAAUGGUGGUGAUGCUAGUAUUGGAGUAGAUGUCGAUGACCAAAGAAGUUCUUCAAGAGCCAGUAGUUUGGACAUAGCUAGAAACAGUCUUUAUAAGACUUCAAAUCACAAUGAGACUGAUAGUUGUCUGACAAUUCCUGGGGUCUUGCUUAAGGAGGAGGUUUCAAAUUUGAAUGUACGGCUUUUAGGGAUUGGUCACAUUGCUUGUAGAAUCCUUGAAACCACUGAGAUUCAUGGUAAGAUCACCAGAAUGUGGUGUGCUUGGUUGGGACGGGAGGAGGGUGAUGGCAGUGACAAGUGGAAGUCGUCUCCAAACUGUGAGUUUGCUAUAGUUAACUUUUCUUACACAUAUGGCCUGGGCAGAAAUUGGCCUUCGGAUGACCAAGACCCUCCUGCGUCCCCUGGCUCUGUGCUUGAAAUUGAUGACACUGGGCGUCAGAGAAAAAAGAGAAAGAAAUCAUGCUUGAAUCAGGAAAAAACUAGUGAGGAUCUGCCUGCUCGUUGUGUGUCCCCUACCCAAGAUUGCCCAGGUCUGGAUGAUUCUGCUGCAGAUGCUCCAGAGCAGCUUCAAACAAGACUUAUAUCCAGCAAGACUGUUAGACAAGAGUUGAGGAAGCAGAAGCGCUUGGCAGCGGAAAGAGCCUGUGAUAUUUGUAGGCAACCAAUGCUUCCUGGAAAGGAUGUGGCGACCUUGUUAAAUUGCAAGACUGGUAAAUUAGCUUGUAGCAGCAGAAACACUAAUGGGGCUUUUCAUCUAUUCCACAUUUCCUGCCUCAUACACUGGGUUCUUCUUUGUGAGAUGGAAAUAUUGUCUAAUCAGUCAAAUAACCCAAAAGCCACUCGAGGACGCAAGGGGAAAGCAACUCAGAAAGACCGUUUCUCUUCUGUGUUUUGCCCAGACUGUCAUGGAACUGGCAUAUGUAUUAAAGGAGAAGAACUUGAAAAACCAGACCUUUCAUUGUCUGAGAUGUUCCACUAUAAACUGAAAGCCAUUGAGGGGCACAAGGCAUGGAUGAAAAAUCCUGAAAUUCUCCAGACAUGCUCUACCGGUCUUCACUUUCCUUCUGAGUCUGUAGAUAAUUCUCAGGAAAAGGUGAUGCCGCCAAAAUUGCUGCGUUUCUACAGAGCUGAUGCAUAGAAGUAUACCAAAAUUACGUGGGACAAAGUGCUUAGACUAUGCUCUCCCAAGCUGCUCAUCAACUAGUGGAUGACUUGAAUGGGUUUCUGCAUAUAUUUGAGAAUGUAGAAAGAGUUAACAGUAGUUGCUCAUCAUGCUGUAUCUGCAGUUUCUCAUUGAUGUCACAGUAACUGUAGCUAUGUUCAUGUUGCUAUCUCAGCAUAGUUGUCAGCUAUAUACAUAGCAUUAUGUAUAUUCUAGAUGUCCCGCUGUUGUAAUUGUACCUGAAUGACUACGUAAUGGGUUCAUGUAUCUUUCUCACAGCUCAUGUCUUCUUUUAGGGUGAUAUCUUUUUUUACA